AUGGUGCCGCGCAGCCCAAGUCGUUUCUCCACCCGCAGCAGCAACAGCAGACACCGAACCGGAAGCCAGAUUCCACCGGCCUCUCGCGAGAAUGGUAGAGUCCACUUCCGGCUUGGGAAUGAACAGCCAGAAAUCUCGCGAUUUCUCGCGGGAAGAGAUGUGCUCAUGGAUCUCAGCUCAGCUGCUCGAACCCUUCCCAGCUUGGACACAAUGACCCAUCCGAGCUUGGACACAGACACAGAUACAUGCUCUGAGGAGCCUCUCAUAGCCAGCGCUGGGCAGAAGCGCCGCUGGGGCCUCCUGGUCCCUGGGCUCGUGGGAGGCUCGCUGGUGGCCCUGUAUGCCCUGGCCACACCGUUUGUCGCCCCGGCCCUCCGAAGGGUCUGCCUGCCCUUCGUGCCUGCCACCCCCCGGCAGGUGGAGAAUGUGCUGCGGAUGGUGCAGGGCAGGAGCGGGCUGCUGGUGGACGUGGGCAGUGGGGACGGCCGCAUUGUGACAGCGGCUGCCAAGCAGGGCUUCAGGGCCGUGGGAUACGAACUGAACCCCUGGCUGGUGUGGUUUUCCCGAUACCAUGCGUGGCGAGAAGGGGUACAGGACUUGACCACGUUUCACCUUUCAGAUCUGUGGAAGGUGAACUUCUCGCAGUACUCGAACGUUGUGAUCUUCGGGGUGCCUCAGAUGAUGCCGUUGCUGGCUGAGAAGCUGGAGCAGGAGCUGGCUGAAGACGCCCGCGUUGUGGCCUGUAGGUUCCCUUUCCCGAGCUGGAAGCCCGACCAGGUGGCCGGGGAGGGGAUCGACACUGUGUGGGCCUAUGAUGCUAGGUCUUUUCGACGGGGCCGGUGAGAUGGACUUGGACCCUGACUUUUAGCCCCACCC